UCUUUUCUCUUCCACCGCCGACAUGCCUUCCAAACUAAGAAAGACCAGGAAGCUACGUGGGCACGUCAGUCACGGCCAUGGCCGAAUUGGCAAACACAGGAAGCACCCUGGUGGUCGUGGUAAUGCCGGUGGUAUGCAUCACCACAGAAUCAACUUUGAUAAAUACCACCCUGGUUAUUUUGGAAAAGUUGGUAUGAGACAUUACCAUCUGAAAAAAAAUCAGUCUUUCUGUCCUACUAUCAAUUUGGAUAAACUGUGGACUCUUGUCAGUGAGCAGACAAGACUGAACCAUGCAAAGAACCUUGAAGGUCCAGCACCAAUCAUCGAUGCUGUUCAUGCUGGUUAUUACAAGGUGUUGGGAAAAGGCAAGCUCCCUAAACAGCCAGUGAUUGUGAAAGCAAAAUUCUUCAGCAGGAAAGCAGAGGAGAAAAUUAAGAGUGUUGGUGGUGCUUGUGUACUAGUUGCAUAAAACUGUCCCAACAAAAAUUAAACCUUUUGUUCUCUACAAAAAAAAAAAAAAAAAAAAAAAAAAAAA